GCGGUUGCAUUGUUGCGUUGCUAACCUACCUCUAUCUGGGUACAUCUCUCUGUUUACUUGGGUUUUUCGUUCGUUUCUGAGUUGGUUUGUUUUGCCGUUUUAUGAAAGUUGGAAAGUUUUGCAGUAAUUUUUUGUAGUAAUGAUCACAGUCUUUUGAACUUGAAGCAGGUGGUUCUUUUUCUUUUCCCUUUUCUUCAGCUAAAAAUUUGAUCAAAGAUGAGGAGGCCAAAAUUGGAAUUGUUCUUUUCGCUGAGACGGAAAAGAUCAAUUCAAAUUCUUUUUUUUGUUGCAUUUUUGUACAUGCUUUUGGUGAGUUUUGAAGUCCCCUACGUGGUAAAAAAUGGGUUUGGUUCAGUUUCGCAAGAGGGGAUUUUGAAUAGUAAUAAUGAGUUUUUGAAUUACAAGCCUUUUGUGCUGGAAAGUGAGGAAAAUUUGGAGGUAAAAGAGGCCCCUAUACGACCUCAUGAUGUACCUUUUAAGGUUUCUAACCAUUCGAAACACGAGAGGAAAAUCCAAGAGUUUGUUAGAGUACCGUUGUCAAGUUUGAAUUUCAGUGCUGGCAUUGUGAAUUCAAUCCCGGAAAAUGGGAUAUUAGAGUCAGCGAAAGAGGCCCUUGAGAUUGGCGGUAAGGUCUGGCAGGACCUUGAACUCGAAAAGAUGGGUGACAAAAAGAUAUGGAAAAAUAAUAAUGGGAGUGUUACUUCUGAUGUGAAUAAAAGAGAAAACAAGGAGUGCCCACAAUCGUUAGUUAUAAGGGGGGAUGUGUUUGAGACAAAGGGGAAAGUGAUGGUGUUGCCAUGUGGUCUAACAUUGGGGUCACAUAUAACGGUGGUGGGGAAGCCGAGGGUAGCCCACGCAGAGACUGAUCCAAAGAUUUCGCUGUUGAAGAAGGGACAGUACUUGAUGGUUUCACAGUUUAUGAUGGAGUUGCAGGGGUUGAGGAUAGUGGAUGGAGAGGACCCUCCAAGGAUCCUGCAUUUUAAUCCUCGGGUGAAGGGAGAUUGGAGUGGGAAGCCUGUAAUUGAGCAAAACAGUUGUUACAGGAUGCAGUGGGGCACUGCUCAGCGGUGUGAUGGGAGGAAGUCACGGGCCGAUGAGGAGACUGUGGAUGGUUUGGUUAAAUGUGAAAAGUGGAUUAGAGAUGAUGAGAAUGGUUCUGAUGAAUCAAAGAUAACAUGGUGGUUAAACCGGUUAAUAGGCCGAACGCCGAAGAGGAUGGAUGUUGAUUGGGCAUUCCCAUUUGCAGAAGGCAAGUUAUUUGUCCUAACUCUUAGAGCUAGCUUGGAGGGGUACCAUGUG